AUGGAGCGAGUAACGGCUGUAACUGCGCUGCGAUCACAUGGUCAAAAGUCAUUGUCAAGAAGCAACAGCAGUAGCAAUAGUGGCAAUGAGCAGAAUAUCAAUGAUAAUAGCAACAGUGGCGGAUGCAUUAGUAUCAAUGAAAAUCAAAAUAUUGAAAAUGCAGGGGAAAUGAAAGAAAGACAAGAAGACGAAGCAGUUGGUCUGCCAACACUAACUGAACAAUUUGCUGCAUACAAGAAAAACGUUCUUGGGGAUGCGCUUACCGGCCAUGAGUUCAGUAUGGAGAAUGGUGUUCCCGAGUUGAUGGCUUUGAGUGAUGUCAUGCUAUUAAAGCCUUCCCAAUUCAAUAAAUACACACGUGCGCAUUUCACUGAUCAAGUCCUGAGCGAAUGGCACGACAACACUCGGAAAAGCCUACUCGCUGAUGUAGAAGAAGAAGCUUCCAGGAUUGCCAAAGACUUGAAAAAGAAACGCAUCAGGACACGUGAAGCCGUCCAGAAGUUAGUUGCCAUGAGUAUUGACAAGAAAGAUUGCGAAGCACAACUUUUAAUAGGUUUAUCGAAUUUGAUCCAGAGGCUUCCGUCGAAAACGCUCUUAACUACUGUCACCAUGGGUGAAACAGAAUUAUGGAGUAGUGUUUUCGAUCCCAUUUUCUCUGCUUUGUUGUUGGAUCCUGAUCGUAAUGUGUCAUUGAGAUGGACCAACGUUGUUCCAGAUGACGGUAGUGCUAGUGAAGGACGUCCAUUGGGAUACGGCGAGGCCAAAUUGGCAGACCCAAGUCCAAAUAUCGACUGUUUGGCCAAUGACCUCUUGAGAUUAGUGGUUAUGAAUGCCAAAGCUGUUGAAAAAUCCAAAUUGUGUGGUGUUCUAGGGUUCCAGAUCCAUGGUUAUAACCUCAAAGUUUACAUCACUCAGAAAAUGCCAAACAGUUCGUUUUAUACCAUGACUGAAUUUUUUGGGGGAACUGCCUCAAACAAUAAGAUCGAGAAGUUGAACGAGGAAAUUCGCAUUCACCACGCCUCGACAUAUCGACUUUAA